AUGGCGAUGGCGAUGGAGUGGAGCCAGGGGAGCGUGGGAGCAGGGAAGCGCGAGCAAAGCUCAGUACGGGAUACGAUGGCGCCGCCAGGCAAGUGGUACGGCGCCCUACGCCAGCAGGUGCCGCAUGGAAAGUGGAUGGCAUAUGUCUACGACCUGAACCGGAAGGAGGCGAUAUGGCACAGCUUCUUCCACACAGCCGAGGAGGCCAAGCAGGCCCUUGACUUAACUGCGCUUGGCCUUCACGGCAACCGCACCAACCUCAACUUCUACGGUUCAGCAGCGCCGCCGCCGCCGAUGUCCGGGGCUGCGGCUUUGGAAUCUUAUUGGCAACAGGGAGACGGUGCAGGGUACUCGCACCCAGGGUACAUGCCCUGGCAGAGUGGUGGCAACAAGCGCGAGACGCAGGGCCCGGAGUACAUAUUCUGGCAGGGUGGUGACGACGAGGGCUUGAGUUCUCAGUUUUCAGAGUUCCAUCACUGGCAGCAUGGGAAGGGCCAUUCGCGGUAG